AUGAUUUCACAAGGAGGUUCCAAUCGUCGCAAUCAAAAGGGACAAAGUACUUUGUCCAACUUUUUGAUCAGUAAAAAACCAAAGAAAGCCGGGCAGGUAGCUACUCAACGUUCGAUGAUCUCUUCUUCAUCAAACAAUGUCAGUAAGUUUACUGACUCCUCCCUGUUAACAAAGAUCAUCAGCCUCGAUAGCGACGAUGAAGAUAAAUCUGAAGAUAAUGCUGACCUACAAAUAAUCAGGCACAAAGUGUUGUCCAAAUCUGACAAAGUCAUAAAGCCAUUGAAACCUCACAACUUUUCCAGAAGUUUUGUAUCGCCAGUUACCCAAAUUUCUCAUAAUAAUUUAAAAACAACCAUGAAUUCAGAGACUACCGAAAAGUCAAUGAAGAAGUUUCAGAAAUGGGAUAGUAUUGCCAUCAGCAACAAACCGAGAUUAGUUAGAGAAAACAGUACCCCAUCAUUCACCUCAUCUUCUCAACUGUCCAAGAGUGCUCAGGAUGCUGCAGGUGCCAAUCAGGAUCAAAUUGUUCUUAGCUCAGAACAGAAGCAAGUUCUAAAAAUGGUUAUUGAUGAAGGUCGAAGUAUCUUCUUUACUGGUAGCGCUGGUACUGGUAAAUCUGUGUUGCUUAGAGAAAUUAUUAAGCGCUUACAAGGUGUUUAUUACAGAGAAGACUUUGUAGCUGUAACGGCAUCAACUGGUUUGGCUGCUGUUAAUAUCGGAGGACAGACUAUUCACAGGUUUGCAGGUAUUGGUAUUGGUAAUGGUAGUGUUGGUGAGUUGAUAAAAAGGGUUGAAAAAAAUGAAUUGAAUGUGAAGCGCUGGAGAAACAUAAAAGUAUUAAUUAUUGAUGAAAUCUCCAUGAUUGAUGGCGACCUUUUUUCUAAGGUUGCUGCUGUCGCAAAACAUGUCAGAAGAAACGACCAACCAUUUGGCGGUAUUCAGCUUGUUUUGACUGGUGAUUUCUUCCAAUUACCACCAGUGCCUGACAAAUUCAGUCAUAGAGCCCCUAAAUAUUGUUUCCAAAGCCCGGAAUGGAAUGAUGUGGUAGAGGAAACCAUUUUGUUGACGAAUGUUUUCAGACAAAAGGGUGAUACUGAGUUGAUCGAUAUGUUGAACACUGUCAGAUUAGGUACAUGUAGUAUAGAAAUGGCACGGAAAUUCCAAAGCUUAUCCAGGCAAGUGAUUUAUGAUGAUAAUAUUCAGCCAACAGAACUAUAUCCAACAAGAGAGGAAGUCAGAAUAUCUAAUUCUACUCGUUUGAACCAGUUGCCGGGAAAACCUCGCUGCUUCAAAGCUGUUGAUGUAUUCUCUUCUGAUAAUCCUUAUGCAAUCAAGCAUGAAAAGUCUAUGUUAGACAAUAUGCUUUGUGUGGAAGAAUUGAUUCUAAAAGAGGAUGCACAGGUCUUGAUGCUCAAAAAUUUAGAUAAUAAGGUGGUAAAUGGGUCUGUCGGAAUUGUUUCAUGUUUUCUUACUGAAGAGUUGUAUUUAGGUCUUCUUCAUGAUUAUGAUUUUGAUAAUUUCAAUAAUCUGAGCACUAGAGAGGAAGUUAGAUUUAUAUCUAGCUGCAUUGGUGAGCAGCCUCAAGAGGAAAUGAGGAGCAAGUUGAAUACAUUUUCUAGUGAUGCUAGAGUUAGAAUGAAGCCUCAUCUUCUCACCGCGUUACGGUCUCGAACUACAGAUGUGUAUCCGGUAGUUGCAUUCUCUAUUCCAGGGAGUAGGGAUGAUGGUAAAAUAAUAAAGCUUGUUCAAACUGAUGAAUUUUCAGUGAAUAUUCCAAAAGCAGGAUCGAAAAAGAGUGGGAAAGCUGUCAGAAUGCAGAUACCAUUAUUACUUUCCUGGGCUAUUUCCAUCCACAAAUCCCAGGGUCAAACUUUGGACCGUGUAAAGGUUGAUUUGAAUAAGAUUUUCGAAAAAGGUCAAGUUUACGUGGCCCUUUCAAGAGCGACCUCAAAAGAUAGAUUACAAGUUCUUAACUUCCGCUCUGAAAAAAUCAGAGCAUCGGAUGAGGUUCGUGAAUUUUACCGGAAUUUGCAGACAAUUUCUAAUUAA